UUUCGCUCAAGGUCUCUUGAAGGUCGCCGACAAGGGGAGCUAAAAGCAUUUCAUGCUUAAAAAGUGCCCGUUCUUCUCACGCGUUCUUUCCUGUAAAAACUACGGCCGUUACGGCACCGUGGCUGUACUGAGAGCAAACGGCGAGACUUCGUUUAUCAAGCCACGCGCGUGUGCGCUGUUUCAAGAGGGAGAAAGAAAAUGCGAGCAAAAGGGUGAGGGCGCCACGCAUGUAGCAAAACUUGCGAAGGCUCGCGCAUGCGCCUCAUGUAUAGUUCCGCCGCCUGCUCUCGCAAGCCUGGCCUACACUGUGGCAGAUACUGAAAGAAACGUUCUGCAGUGCCUUCUCUGGAGAAAAAUUGAGCGAUUGAGCGUGCAUGCGGUGGCGGCAAGAUAUUUCUAUUGUUUCACCAAUUGAUUGGACCUAGGAUUGUGCCUUCUACGCCUGCCGAGCAGCUACAGUUUGGCCGCAGCAGACGACGUCGGGUUCGACCUCGGUGACAAUCUCCCGUUGCCUCCAGCAAAAGUCGGUUUCGACGGCGCAACUUCGGUGUUUGUAACCAAACGCCGACCUUCGAUACUGGAUAUGAAAAAGAAGCCCCGGCGCUCUAGACAGGCGUGACGCGGGCUGCGCGCGUGCCACCCGAGACGUGCGAAGAAGACGAUGACGAAGAACGAGAAGCAACCCUCUCGAGUCCGUUCACGACUGCGGUGAGCUCGAGCCCUCCGGCGACGUUGCCACCGGGCUCUUGGGUUAUCAGGAGCGUCGCGCGCGCUCUUGUUCGGCUUCAGUCGCGAGGAGAGAGCAAGCCUGUCCCUCUUCGGCCACCGCUAUCACCCGGAAGCCAUGGGCGAAGCGGCCAACACCGAGAGGAAGGUAAAGGAGGCGCGCAAGAAGCACCGUCACCACAAGCCUUCCAAGGAGACCGGAGGCGAACACGCCAAACACGACGGCGAUAUAGACAUGGUCGCAGCGGACAAAGAAGGCCUGGAAGCCGAAGAAGCUGAAGGACUCCCGAAGCCGGAGUCUCCGAAGAGCGCCUUUGACGCGGUUACUGGAUUGCUGGUGACCAGACAUGUACCUUCCAUACUGGAGCUCAGAAAGGCCAAGACUAAAGUUGCGGCCAAACACAAGAAGGCCAAGGAAGGCGGAAAGUCGCCGCCCGGAGCAUCUCGAGGGCAAGGACGGCCCGGGGUGUCGUCAGCAGUCAUGUCCUCGGCCUUGUCGUCUCAGAAAGCGGGCAGCCUCAUCAAGGACAGAACCGCGGACGAGAGCUGUCACAAGAAGCACGAGCUGUCCAGUAAAGGCAAGGAACCAGUUCAAGUUUAUUCUUCAGAGAAACGCCACGAAUCCCCGACGACGGCCCAGGACAGGCAUACGCAUACAGACAGCGACCGGGAAAAGUCUGAAGAUCCUGUGGGCUUUAAGUCUAACCCGUCAGCAGUGACCAGCAGUACCCCUGCGGGCCGCAGUAAAGCCGGCAGGUUGCGCAACGCCUGCAAGCGGGUCUACGUCGUCGCCGGUCUGGCCGUCUUGGUGUUGGGGGCCCUGGUCGUGCUUCUGACGGCAUUCCUGUCUCAUAACCGCGCCAAGAAAGCGGUGAUGUCGCCGAGCACCGAGCCGGGCCGUAGUCCUCCCACCGAGUCGAGCACUAGCCCCACAAAACCCAGGACACCAGUCGCCCAAUUGACAUCGGCGCCAACGGGGUCUCGGAUUCGUGGGCCGGCUCGCCGGCGGUUAAGUGAACCCCGAGUGCCAGACGCUUCUUGA